AAUGGCUUAAUGAGGCAAUUCAGAAUGAACACAUUAAUUUUUAUAAAUAUAAUGACUUUAAAAAUACCCAAAAAAUUGGUUCAGGUGGUUCUGGAAAGGUUUAUAAAGCAAAAUAUAACAAUAGUAGUACUUUUGCCUUGAAAUCCUAUAAAUGCAGUAUAACACAUAUGAAAGAAGUUACUAAUGAGUUGAAAUUAUUACGUAAAGUUGACUACCAUCAAAAUAUUAUUCGUUUUUGUGGCAUCACCAAGAAUGAAGACAAAGAGGAAUAUUUAUUGGUCCUUGAGUAUGCAGAUAAUGGAACACUAAGAAGCUACCUACAAGAAAAGGUUGGAUCAAUCAGUUGGGAUCUAAAACUGAAAUUUGCAUCUGAGAUUGCAUCAGCUGUUUCAUGUUUACAUGAAAACAAUAUUAUCCAUCGAGAUUUGGAAACAAUAAAAUUGGCAGAUUUUGGGCUUUCCCAUAAAAUACAUGAAUCUACAACCACUUCAACAUUCCAAGUGGCAGGGAUAGUACCUUAUAUUGACCCACAAUGUUUCAAGGAUAACAAUUAUAAACCAAACAAAAAAUCAGAUGUAUACAGUGUGGGUGUUUUAUUAUGGGAAUUGACUAGUAACCGACCACCUUUUAGUAAUCUGGAUCAACAUCAACAACGUACUUUAUCACAUCAUAUUUCUCAAGGAACUCCAUGUUGGCAGGAUGACCCAAAAAACAGACCUGAUAUUCAAUAUGUUGAAACAAUGCUUGGAAAAAUUUCAGGCUCAAAUAUAGUUGAUAUAGUUGAUAAAGUGGAAAAUAAUGAGCAACAAAAAAAUGAAGGCACUAGUUCUUUUGGUUGUCCCAGUAUUAUUUUAACAGGGCCUACCAGUAUUGGUUUACUGCUAAUUUGA